CCCAAGCGCGUCACUUGCGUGUUGUAACGCUCGCCGGUUUUUAAAUAUUAUUAUUUUAAAAUAUAAUAUUAUCUUUUCAAUAAGUAGAUUAAUUAACAUUGUAAUGUGACAUGACACUAUUUAAAUUAAUAAUUAAUAUUACCCAGUUAAAGUAAUUUAAUUAUAAUCGUCCAUCGUUCAAAACGGAGUUAACUUUAGCGCCAAUGGAUAAAUAUUUAAAAUUUACAAGAUUUGGAUAAAAGUGACAGAUGUCCAGUGUUUAGUUAUUGAUAUUUGACAUUAUUAAUAACUAUUUUUAUUAUUGCAACUAUUAUUAUCUUAAUAGUGUACGUAGUGUGUGUUCGACCCCCGUUAUAACUAUCAUGGAUACCACGUUGAUACGUUGUAAUACAGGAUAAAGGCAAUUUGAACGAGUUUAGGAGCCUCGAGAGAGAAAAUAAAAAAAACACAUAUAUAUAUAUAUACAUAUAUAUGAGUGAGAUAUUAUACUGAGUAUCAUCUCCAUUCUAUCGACAGCUAUAAAUUUAAAUGUGAGUGAGGGAUAAAGUGAAAAAAAACGCUGUGUGAUAAUUUAAAUUUUUUAUUAAACUGACCGCCAUAAGUUAAAAAUAAUAAUUUUCCGCGCGUUGACGCGGAAUUUAAAAACCGUGAAAACGGAUAAAAAGUAAAUUGUACAAUUUAAAAAAUAUAAAUAAAAAUGUUGAGGCAGUAUCGAUUCGGAACAUGACAGUUCCGAUAAAGUAAUAAUUUUUAAAAUUUUAAAAUAAUAAUUACGAUAUAUUACAAUAAAAAAUAAAAAUUAACAAUACAAAGAUCUCGUGCCUCGACUGUGAUAAUUGAUUAUUAUAUUUUAUUUAUUAAAGUAGUGCAAUUUGGAUGUAUACUUGUGGUGACGGUGCAAUAUCAAUUUAUAAAUAAUUUAAUUAAUUAUUAUUAUUAUUAUUAUUAUUAUUGAUUAUUAAUCAAAUAUAUUAUUAUUUAAAUUGAUGUGCAGUGAAGUGAAGUGAUAAAUAUAUAACAGUGUAGAUAAUAUAAAUAUAUUAUUUUGAUAUUUAUCGAUUGAAUGUUAAAUGCAGUUUUGUGUUAAACCCCCAGGAAAUGGAAUUAAUUGUGAAAUUAUUUGAAAUAUGAGGAAUAUCUUUUGUGGAUUAUCUUGUUGCUCAAAUCAUUAUAAAAAUGAGUCUCAAGAUUUUGUUUUUACUACUUCUCUUCGUCGUCAAUUCGAGAUGCAUCUGCGAUUCGGGAUACACAGGACAAAACUGCGAAAACGAAUAUAUACCAUGUGAUCCAACACCGUGUGUAAAUGGUGGAUCAUGUCGUGAAUUAAAUGAACUUGAAUACGAAUGUCACUGUCCAGAAGGCUUCCGAGGUCAACAUUGUGAGGAAAAUAUCGACGACUGCAUAGGAAAUCUUUGUCAAAACGGAGCAACAUGUGUGGACAGAGUUAAUGAGUACGCAUGUCUAUGUCCGCCGACAUUCACAGGACCACAGUGUGAAUCUGACGUUGACGAGUGCUCAGUACGUCCUUCGCUCUGUCGCAAUGGCGCGACCUGCACCAAUUCACAUGGAAGCUACUCGUGCAUUUGCGUUAACGGCUGGACCGGAUCUGACUGCAGCAUGAAUAUCGAUGAUUGUAACACCGCGGCUUGUUUCAACGGCGCCACUUGUAUAGAUCGUGUUGGCGGUUUUUACUGUCAAUGCACUGAAGGAAAGACUGGUUUACUAUGUCAUCUUGACGAUGCCUGUACGUCAAAUCCAUGUCACGAGGGUGCAGAAUGUAACACGAGUCCUAUAAACGGUUUCUAUACUUGUUCAUGUGCCAGCGGUUAUGAAGGAAUCGAUUGUUCGCAGGAUAAAGAUGAGUGUACGCAAGGUUCUCCUUGUGAGCACGAUGGAAUCUGCGUUAAUACACCCGGUUCUUUUGCUUGCAACUGUACCCAAGGAUUUACUGGACCAAGAUGUGAGACAAAUAUCAACGAAUGUGAGUCUCAUCCUUGUCAAAAUGACGGUUCCUGCCUCGACGACCCCGGAACAUUUCGCUGUGUCUGCAUGCCAGGUUACACAGGAACACAAUGUGAGAUAGACAUCAAUGAAUGCGCAACAAAUCCAUGCCUGAACAACGGCAUAUGUACAGACUUGGUGAAUUCAUUCAAAUGUGACUGCGCUAAAGGAUUUGCUGGAUCGCAUUGUCAGAUAAACAUAGACGAUUGUGCGUCAGCUCCAUGCAAAAAUGGUGGCACAUGCCAAGACUCGAUAGCCAAAUAUACAUGUGAAUGUCCAGCAGGAUUUACUGGUGCAUCUUGUGAAACGAAUAUCAAUGACUGCCAGUCGAAUCCAUGUCACAGCGGUACUUGUAUAGAUGGAGAGAAUUCCUUCACCUGUAGCUGCUUCCCUGGUUUCACUGGGAAAUUGUGUCAAACUCAGAUCGACGAGUGCGAGAGUAAUCCUUGUCAGUUUGGUGGUAGAUGCGAGGACAGAAUAAACGGAUAUCAGUGCAUAUGUCGACCUGGUACUUCUGGUACUAAUUGUGAAAUAAAUGUCAAUGAAUGCUACAGCAAUCCUUGCAGAAAUGGCGCCAGAUGCAACGACGGUAUCAAUAGCAAUCGGAUGCCAGGUCUAGGAUGGUAUUCAUGUGAGUGCGAGCCAGGAUUCACCGGACAGCACUGCGAGACAGACAUAAACGAGUGCUCGAGUAACCCAUGUGCCAACGGAGGUCGGUGCAUAGAUUUGAUCAACGGAUACCGGUGCGAAUGCCCCCGAGGUUAUUACGACGCGCGAUGUCUGAGCGACAUCGACGAGUGUGCAAGCAACCCGUGCGUCAACGGCGGGACCUGCGAGGACGGAGUGAAUCAGUUUAUUUGCCACUGCCUUCCAGGGUACGGCGGCAAGCGCUGCGAAGCGGACAUCGACGAGUGUGGAUCGAACCCCUGUCAGCACGGGGGCUCGUGCAUCGACCACUUGAACGACUACAGCUGCCAAUGUCUUCCCGGUUACGCAGGCAUCAACUGCGAGACGAACAUCGACGACUGCGCAGCGAAUCCCUGUCAAAACGGAGGUUCCUGCAUCGACCUCGUCAACGACUACAAGUGCGUUUGCGAGUUGCCUCACACAGGCCGCAACUGCGAGGAAAAAUUGGACCCAUGUUCACCCAACAAGUGUCUUCACGGGGCAAAAUGUACUCCGUCAUCAAAUUUCUUGGACUUUGCAUGCACUUGUACCGUCGGUUACACUGGUCGUCUCUGCGACGAAGAUGUCGACGAGUGUGUAAUGACAUCCCCGUGUCGUAAUGGAGCGACAUGUCGCAACACAAAUGGCUCUUAUCACUGCGUUUGUGCGAAAGGUUACGAAGGACGUGACUGCAUAAUAAAUACCGACGACUGUGCGUCAUUUCCUUGUCAAAACGGCGGUACUUGUUUAGAUGGAAUCGGCGAUUACACGUGUCUCUGCGUUGACGGUUUCAAUGGUAAACAUUGUGAGCUAGAUGUCGAUGAAUGUCAAUCAUCACCUUGUCAAAAUGGCGCCAUUUGUAAUCAAUACGUUAAUUCGUACACUUGUCAAUGUCAACUAGGAUUCUCUGGUAUUAAUUGUCAAACAAAUGACGACGACUGUACGAUAAGCAGUUGUAUGAAUAAUGGAAAAUGUAUUGACGGUAUCAAUAAUUACACAUGCGUUUGUCAGCCAGGUUACACAGGUUCAAACUGUCAGUAUCGAAUAAACGAAUGUGACAGCUCACCUUGUCUCAACGGGGCUACUUGUUACGACGAUAUAAAUCAUCAUUACACGUGUCACUGUCCUUAUGGAUACACUGGACAACGUUGUGAUAUGUACGUUGAUUGGUGCGCGGAUAAACCUUGCGAGAAUGGUGCUGCUUGUGUCCAACAUAAAAAUAAAUAUCACUGCAAUUGUUCACCAGGUUGGACAGGUAAAGUUUGUGACGUUGAAAUGGUAUCUUGCAAAGACGCAGCAAUACGCAAAAAUUUACCAGAAGAAUAUUUAUGUAAUAAUGGUACGUGCGAAGACAUUGGCAACAGUCAUCGGUGUCAUUGUCUUGAGGGUUAUACGGGAUCUUAUUGUCAAGAGGAAAUUAACGAAUGUGACUCAGCGCCUUGUCAAAACGGCGCGACUUGUAAAGAUCUUGUUGGUUUGUACCAAUGUCUAUGUACAAAAGGUUUCCAAGGACAGAAUUGUGAACUAAAUAUCGAUGACUGUCAUAAUAAUCCUUGUUCUCAUGGUGGCAAAUGCCAUGAUUUGAUAAACAAUUUCAGUUGCUCAUGUCCACCAGGUACACUGGGUAUUCUUUGUGAAAUAAACGUUAAUGAUUGUGUUGAAGGCGCUUGUCAUAAUAACGGAACUUGUACUGAUAAAGUUGGCGGAUUCGAAUGUACAUGUCCUCCAGGUUUUGUCGGUCCACGUUGUGAAGGUGACAUAAAUGAGUGUCUUUCUAAUCCUUGUGCCAAUCCAGGUACGCAAGAUUGCGUCCAACUGGUCAAUAAUUAUCACUGUAAUUGUAAGCCCGGUUACAUGGGACGUCAUUGUGAAGUAAAAGUCAACUUUUGUGACAGUUCUCCUUGUCAAAAUGGUGGUGUCUGUACAGCCAAACAAGCCGGUCACACUUGUUUAUGUCCAGCAGAUUAUUAUGGUCAUAAUUGUGAAUUUGCUGGAUCAUACUGCGAUAACAAACCUUGUCUACAUGGCGGUACUUGUCGUCCUGCUUCAACGGAAAUGGGUUACCGAUGCUACUGUCCGCCAGGAACAUCUGGUACUCAUUGUGAAAUAGACGCCAAAGACGAGUGUGAAAGUAAUCCUUGUCAACAACCCGACGCUUUGUGUGAAAAUCUUGUCGGUGAUUACGCUUGUUACUGUCCGCCAAAGUGGACCGGCAAAAAUUGCGAGAUUUACGACAACAAUAGUCGCGGUGGAAUCUUCGACAGACCGAAUUCCAUGAUACCCAAUAGGAAAAAUCCUUACGAGCUGGACCUAGCGCGGGAAAAACAAAAAUGCAUGGAAAAUAGAUGUGACCAAAAAGCCGGAAAUGGACGUUGUGAUCAAGAAUGUAAUCGGUAUGCGUGUAAUUUUGAUGGCAAUGAUUGUUCACUUGGUAUUAAUCCAUGGCACAAUUGUACGGCUCCAGUAAAAUGUUGGGAAGUAUUUAUGAACGGUGUUUGCGAUGAAGUGUGUAACAAUGCUCAAUGUUUAUUCGACGGACGUGAUUGUGAGAAGAAGUUAGCUCCUUGUAAUCCAAUAUAUGACGCGUACUGUCGCAAACAUUACGCCAAUGGUUACUGUGAUUACGGAUGCAACAAUGAGGAGUGUAAUUGGGACGGAUUGGAUUGUGAAAAUGAACCAGAAUCACUUGCCGAGGGUGUGAUAUCAAUAGUAGUACGUAUGGAUAUGAAGUCAUUUCUUGAUGAAUCUGUUGCAUUCUUACGGGAGAUAGGUCACCAGUUACGUACGACCUUGCGUAUUAAAUUAGACGAGCUGGGGAACCAGAUGGUUUAUCCAGUAAAUGAUAAUCGUGAUUCAUCAAUCCAGUCUUCGGUAUUCAGUAGACCCUCUGGAGGUUAUCCCGGACAUAAAAAUGGUAUAAAAGUGCUACUGGAAAUUGACAAUCGUAAAUGUACGACAACUGAGGGUAAGGUUUGUUUCUCGACGGCGAAUGAAGCUGCGGAAUAUCUGGCAGCGACUGCCUCAAAACAUUCGUUGCCAAACAGUUAUCCUAUUGAGUCAGUGACCGGGCUCUUACAUCCUGGACUUGGCCCAGACUAUCCAGAUACUCCUACGAACUAUAAAUAUGUUUUCAUUGGUGUUGUUAUCGUCGUUUUGGGUGGAAUGUUCGUAGGAGUCCUGGUUACUGCUCAGAAAAAACGUGCUGUUGGUAUAACCUGGUUCCCUGAAGGAUUUUUGCGGUCUAGUGCAGGCAGUGGUCAGCGUAGACGCAGUCGUAGACGUGGACCAGAUGGCCAGGAAAUGCGUAAUCUUAAUAAACAGCCUUCUGUUAAUUGUAUGGACAUUGAUGUAGGAAAUGGUCGCGGGCAGCGGUGGUCUGAUGAUGAAUCUGAUUUACCACCUUCUAAACGAAUGCGCGCAAUAGAACCUGGUUAUGCCAGUGACCACACUGCUAUCACUGAUUAUGAGGAAGCUGAACCGCGUAUGUGGACACAGCAGCAUUUGGAUGCCGCAGAAAUACGUCGUCCUGAUGCUAAUGGAGUUCUGACACCACCGAGUCUUGAACACGGUCAGGAUAUUGACGCACGGGGACCCUGUGGUAUGACACCGCUGAUGGUCGCAGCUGUACGAGGUGGUGGACUGGAUACUGGUGAAGAAGACGAUGACAGUGACGGUACUGCUGCUGUUAUUGCUGAUCUAGUUGCUCAGGGUGCAGACUUAAAUGCGACUACGGACAAAAGUGGUGAGACUUCACUACACUUGGCAGCACGUUACGCACGAGCUGACGCAGCAAAACGUUUGCUUGAUGCUGGCGCUGAUGCCAACUCACAAGACAACACAGGACGUACUCCAUUACACUCGGCAGUUGCUGCCGAUGCGAUGGGUGUCUUUCAAAUAUUGUUACGCAACAGAGCUACCAAUUUAAAUGCUCGUAUGCACGAUGGUACCACUCCGCUGAUACUCGCAGCCCGUCUGGCUACCGAGGGAAUGGUCGAAGACUUGAUAAACGCUGAUGCGGACAUCAAUGCAGCUGACAAUAGUGGAAAAACUGCACUCCAUUGGGCAGCGGCUGUCAAUAAUGUCGACGCAGUUAAUAUUUUACUAGUACACGGUGCUAAUCGUGACGCUCAAGAUGACAAAGACGAGACACCGCUUUUCUUGGCUGCUCGGGAGGGAAGUUUUGAGGCCUGUAAAGCUCUACUAGACACAUUUGCCAAUCGCGAAAUUACUGAUCACAUGGACAGGCUGCCACGUGAUGUCGCCAGUGAACGAUUACAUCAUGAUAUUGUGCGGCUACUUGAUGAACAUGUACCACGAUCACCACAAAUGGUUUCGGUUAUGCCCAAUGGUCCUCUCAUGGGUUCACCAAAUCAUUCCCAAUUAAUAACACCGCCUACAGUAAUUGGCUCUGCGCCAAAACAAUCAAAGGCAAAGAAACGUCCAAAAACAAAUGGACCUGGAAAUCCAACCUCACCAGAUUCCGAAGGCGCUGUUGUUGCAGCGGUUCGUAGAAAACCAUCAGUUAAAAAGUUAUCAGUAAAACGUGGCGCGCAACCACCAAAUCAAGAAAUCCCUCAGGGUGCUGAAGGGGCUGAAGGAAAUCUACCAAGUCCAUAUGACAGUGCCAGUCUUUACAGUAACGCACUGCCAUUAGUGAGUCACACAACGACAACAGCUAAACAACCACCUCCAUACGAAGAUUGCAUCAAAGGACAAUCAAUGCAAACACUACAGCAAUUAGGUCUUGAUACAUUUACAACAACCUACGGUUUACCAAAUUUUCAUGACCAAUUAUUAGCACCUCAUCAACGUCAAACCCAGGGGAUGAUAAAUACUCUGUCACCGCCAUACAGUAAUCAAUCACCACCACAUUCAGUUCAAUCAAACAUGACACUAUCGCCUCAGGCGAGUUACAUGGGUUCGCCAUCGCCGGCUAAAAGUCGGCCAUCACUGCCAACAUCUCCCACUCAUAUCGCCGCGAUGCGACAAGCGACGCAUCAAAAACACGGGGGUAUGCCGCCAGUAGGUUUUGACUUCGAGACACUGCCCUACGCCACCGGUCCAACUCAGAUGCAGCAGAUGCAGCAGACACAGCAGCAGCAGCAGCAACAGCAGCAGCAGCAGCAACAACAGCAACAGCAACAGCAACAACAGCAGCAGCAGUACUAUCAGUACUUGACGCCGCCAUCGCAUCACUCGGGUGCUGAUGUCACUCCUCAGCACAUGAUGCAGGCUCCCGAAAGCUUCCCCACCCCCUCUCCCGACAGUCCUGGUCACUGGUCAUCCAGCUCGCCGCACUCAACCAGCGACUGGAGUGAAUGCAUGGCCUCUCCCAAUGCCUACGCACCUGGUGCGCCUCAUCAGGGCAACAAAGGUUCCGAGGCAAUUUAUAUUUAAGCUAAUCCUUUAUUAUCAUUAUCAACUUUUUUUUAUAUAUAUUAAUUAUUAAGUCAAGUGUUAUUUAUACAUAUACAUAUAUACAUAUACAUAUACAUAUAAAUAUAUAUAACAUAGGUUUCUUAUAAAAAUACAAAAUAUUAAUAAUUUUAUUUUUUAAGAUUGCGAAGACUUCUUUGAAGCAGAGACACUACUCAUUUUUUUUUUACUACUAUAUGUUAUUUUAAAUCGUGCCUCAUGAUAUGUAAAACGUGACAAUUUAUUUAAAAAAUAAAAUAAAUAAAGUUUUACGGAUAAGUUAUUGUAAUUUCCGUAGUAGGUGCGAGUACGCUCAAUAAUUAAAUUUAAAAUAAAAUUUUAAAAAAUGUAAAGGUGCCUUCGACUUGCCAGAGUGUAGGUAAACCUUAUAAAUAAAUAAAUAAAUAAAUAAAUAAUUAUAUAAACAAAUGAUUUACGUCAUUUGUUAUUGUAAAUAAAUUACAAUCACUAGAUAAAUGAUUAAGACAAUCGAGUUAGAAAAUACAGUAAAAUUUUUUUAUAUUAAUUAUUGUAAGGAUAUUUGAUAAAUAAAUAAGUUAUAUUAUUUAAUAGAUUAAAAAUAGCACGAUUGUAGACAGUGAUGUCUCUCUAUAAUAGUAACAAAUCGUCACUGCCUAUUUUUUUAUAAAACAAACUUGCAGGCGGGACCAAUUGACAAUAACUUUUACUCUGCUGAAUUUAAAUUAACAAUAAAAGUACAUGAACAAUAAAACAAUUAUUAAAUAUUAAUGUUAAAAAAAAAUGAAACAAUUGUGCCUUUAAUUAUAUAUAUUUCAACCCAUAAUAAAAUAUUUUUUACGGGUAUAAAUCAUUAAACGUGUUAAUUAUUAAGGCAAUCGUAGUUCCCCACUUUUUAAAUAUGUCCGAUAAUUUUCAAGUGUCCGUAUUAAAAUUUAAUUAAUUAAUUAAUUGAAAAAAAAGUAUACUGUAAAAAAAUUGGGAGUGAAUUCGGAUUUUAAUUAAAUCCGAAUUCACUUUGUCACUCAAAGUUUCGGAGUAAAAAAAAAAUCACUCCGAUUUUGAGUUUCGAUAUCAAAAUAAACUUCUUUUCGGAGAUUAAAAAAAUAAAGUCAUCAGCUGCACAUUCACUCUGAAUUAAAUCCGAAAAUUUUUUACAAUCCAUUAGGACAUAGACUUUUUUUUAAAUUUAUUUACCUGACAAAAUUUGUUAAAUAAAUUUUCGAAUACAGAAUUUUGAAUUUAAAAUUAUAUAUAUUUUGAUAAAAAAUUUACUAGAAGUAGAUAAGAGGCUGCACUUAAAUUACGUAACGCGUUCAGAAUUUUUUUUCCAACCUACUUUUUUUUUAACAGAUUUUUUUCAAAUAUUCCCUUUUGUAUUUUUUUUUUAUUCUUAAAAAUUUCAAAUAAAAAUGUUUCAAUUGCUUUUAUAAUUAUUAGCUAAAAGACACUUCUAAUUAAAAUUCCUCAUUAUCAAUAUGUAUUAUAUUUGACUACAGAUAAAUUCUGACGCGGCAAAUUCAAUUAAAAUUUUUCUUAUUGAUUAUCUUUAAAUAUUUACUUUAAUAAAUUACAUGCUCCCUAUUAUCCUUAAAUUUAUUUCGUAAUUUAAAUUCAGCCUUUAAUUUAAAACUAUUUUUUUUUUUUUUUCAAAUCAAAUCCUUGGAAAAUAAUAUGUUGCCUUUUUCAAUAACUGCUUAAACUUUUAAAAAAAUUAAUUCAAAUUUGAAUACGGUUACAAUUGAAGGCAAUCAUAAAAAUUUAAAAAGUGUAAAGGGUUCGAAAAUAUUUUCAAAAACAAAUGGUUGCAAUGCGUUAGACUUAUACAUAAAAAUUGUAAUAUUUGAGGACCAGUGAAAAUCUUAUUAGAUAAUCAAAGGACGGUGAAAUGAAACCCGUCAUGCCGAACUGUUAAUCCAGUGCUAAGCAAUUUAAUAUGUAUAUGUAAGAUAAUAAAAUAAUAAUAGUAAUCCAUAAUAAUAAGUAAUUAAAACAGGAUUUAAUGAGAAUUUUUCUAUACAACAGACAAAUUAUUCCAUACAGACAUUCCAAUUCGUUAUUUUUAUUCGCUUAACUUUUUUUUUUACUGUCCAAAGCUUGUAAUUUAUAAGUCCAUUGAUUUUAGCUAUGGAUUUUACGACUAUUUAUUUAUUAUAAAUAAAUAAAUAAAUAAAAAUCCAUUUUACUAAUUAGAUUUAUUAAUAUUAUUAUUUCUUUUCUUUGUUGUUAAUUAAUAUAAGUGUCGUUAUUUUAAAAUUCUCAUUAACUCGUCUGUUAAAAGCCAAAAGUUUAUAUAUUACCGACAAAUAAACUUUAAAGGCUAUAAAUAAAAAGACAA